AUGUCUAGCGCCGUCUCCCAUGAUUCCGCAACUGUACGGCCGCGCGCCGUUCCUCUCCAGUCUGACGAAAAGGACGUGACUAGAGCUCUUCCCCUUCCCCUGGAAAAGCUAUCCCAGGACACGAGUGGCCGCUCAACCCCUGUCUCCGAGGAUGCGCCCCCGUCGGUGCACUCGAUCUCAUCUGCGAGGAAGCAGGUUCGGGCCCGAAACCGUCUGUUUUAUACGAUAGACUAUGUCCCACGUGUGUCGCAUUUUGAUCCGGAUAGCGACUAUCAUAAUUUUCGAGGGUUCUUUACUCUCUUUUGGAUUGCGCUGGUGAUUAUGGUCGGAACCAGCGUGCUGCGCAACAUCAAAUAUACAGGAUUCCCCUUACAACUGCGCGUCUGGAGUCUCUUGACGGAGAAUGUGUGGGUGAUGGGACUGAGUGAUGUGGCCAUGGUCGUAAGCUCGGGACUCGUUCUACCCUUACACCGGAUCUGGCGGAGCGGUCCGCAGUGGCUGCGGUGGUCGCGCGGCGGUAUGAUAGUGCAGAGUCUGGGCGAGGCAUUUUGGUUGGUCCUAUGGAUCAACUGGCCGUUUAUGCUGCAGUGGACCUGGACCGCGCAGGUCUUCUUCACGCUGCAUACCCUUACAAUCCUCAUGAAACUGCAUUCCUAUGCUUUUUACAAUGGUCAUCUCAGUGAGACUGAGCGCCGCUUAGCUUCUCUUGACAAGCCCGGUUCGAUGUCCUCGAACACUACGUCUGCCGUCCACUACCCGGAAGUCCACCGACGCCGGCCAUCCGUGAAAGACCAGAACGAGAAAGACACACCGACAGAACCACUGCUGAAGUUGCGCGAGGAACUAGCCACAGAACUUACCUCACCACUCGGCAAUAUCUCCUACCCCCAGAACCUUCACGUCGGAAACUACGUCGACUUCCUAUUCUGUCCGACUCUCUGCUACGAGCUGGAGUAUCCACGUCGAAAGGAUCGCCGCUGGGCAGAGAUUGGAUGGAAGACUGCAGCGGUAUUUGGUUGCAUCUUCCUGCUGACCCUCGUCAGCGAGGAGUUCAUUCUCCCCGUCUUGAACGAGGCCAGCGCUCAGCUCCACGUCGUCUCCAGCAUCUCGGACAAGGCAUUCAUCCUCGCUGAGACUAUCAGCAUGCUCCUGUUCCCCUUUAUGAUUACAUUCCUGCUUGUCUUCCUGGUCAUCUUCGAAUACGUGCUAGGCGCAUUUGCCGAGCUGACCCGAUUUGCUGACCGACACUUUUACGCGGACUGGUGGAAUUCGUGCGACUGGCUCGAAUUCUCCCGCGAGUGGAAUGUCCCCGUCCACCACUUCCUCUUCCGCCAUGUCUACUUCCCCUCUCGAUGCAACUUCUCUCAGCCCGUGGCUAUGCUCAUUACAUUUCUAGUCAGCUCAAUAUUCCACGAGCUGGUCAUGAGCUGUAUCACCAAGAAACUCCGUGGAUACGGAUUCCUGGCUAUGAUGCUGCAGCUGCCCAUUGUUGCAGUUCAGAAGUCCCGCUUCUUCAGAGGACGGACUACCCUCAAUAAUGUGUUCUUUUGGUUUUCUAUGAUCUUGGGUCUUUCAAUGAUGUGUGCGUUCUACGUCUUGGUCUAG